GGGAAUUUAUUUGUCCACAGGCACGGCUGGCCCACAGUCCAUCGCCUGCCAGGGGCCAAGAGCAGCUCUGACCACCCAAGGACGCUCCCAUCCAACUCAAGUGUUGCCAACUGACCUCUGACUCCUGACCUCUGGGCCCACCUGUUCCGCCCUGCUCUUUGUGAGGGGCUGGGGAAGCCCUAGAAGCUUCACCUCCGUAGACGCUGUGAGUAUUGACGCCUGGCUCACCCCUGGGGAGCCAGGGCUUUGCAAGGGGCUCGGUUCUCAGCCCCCAGCCUGGCCACCAUGGCGCAGCGGAUCCAGGAUGAGCUGGCUGCCUUCUUCUUCGAGUAUGACACCCCCCGGAUGGUGCUUGUGCGCAACAAGAAGGUGGGCGUCGUCUUCCGCCUGAUCCAGCUCGUGGUCCUGGUCUACGUCGUUGGGUGGGUGUUUGUCUACGAGAAGGGCUACCAGACCUCGAGCAGCCUCAUCAGCAGUGUGUCUGUUAAACUCAAAGGUCUGGCUGUGACACAGCUUCCAAGCCUGGGCCCCCAGGUCUGGGAUGUGGCCGACUACGUCUUCCCAGCACAGGGGGACAGCUCCUUCGUGGUCAUGACCAAUUUUAUCGCCACCCCCCGGCAGGCUCAAGGUCACUGUGCAGAGAACCCAGAAGGGGGCACGUGCACAAAUAAUAGCGGCUGCACCCCGGGAAAGGCAGAAAGAAAGGCCCAAGGCAUCCGCACAGGCAAGUGUGUGGCCUUCAACGACACCGUGCAGACCUGCGAGAUCUUUGGCUGGUGCCCCGUGGAGGUGGACGACAACAUCCCAUGCCCUGCCCUUCUCCGAGAGGCCGAGAACUUCACUCUCUUCAUCAAGAACAGCAUCAGCUUUCCACGCUUCAAGGUCACCAGGCGCAACCUGGUGGAGGAGGUGGAUGCUCGCUACAUGAAGACCUGCCUCUUUCACAAGACCUUGCACCCUCUGUGUCCAGUCUUCAAGCUCGGCUAUGUGGUACAGGAGUCAGGCCAGAAUUUCAGCACCUUGGCCGAGAAGGGUGGGGUGGUGGGCAUCACCAUCGACUGGCACUGUGACCUGGACUGGCAUGUGCGGCACUGCAAACCCGUCUACGAGUUCCAUGGGCUGUAUGAGGAGAAAAAACUGUCUCAAGGCUUCAACUUCAGGUUUGCCAGGCACUUUGUGGAGAAUGGGACCAACUACCGGCACCUCUUCAAGGUGUUUGGGAUUCGCUUUGACAUCCUGGUGGACGGCAAGGCUGGGAAGUUUGACAUCAUUCCCACAAUGACCACCAUCGGCUCUGGGAUUGGCAUCUUCGGGGUGGCCACGGUUCUCUGUGACCUCCUUCUGCUCCACAUCCUGCCCAAGAGGCACUACUACAAGCAGAAGAAGUUCAAGUACGCGGAGGACAUGGGCCCAGGGGCGGGAGAGCGUGACCCCGCGGCCACCGGCUCCACCCUGGUUCUGCAGGAGAACAUGAAGACAUCCUGACCUCCAUCCCCGGCUCCUACUGGACACAGCAGGAGGGGAGCCCUGCUCCCUGGGAAGCUGGUGGGGUCCCAGCCAGGGCAGAGGGGUCCCCCCGCCAGGGUGGAAGGAUCUCCCCAGGAGCUCUCCCACCUUCUCAGCCAGGCAGACACCAAGUUGCCGGAAGCUCACAAUUCUGGGCUCCAGCUCCAGCUCUGCAACCCUCCCAAGGAAGCCUUCCCCAGCCUCAGCCACUCCUGGCCCCAAGCUUUGUGCCUGUCCCUCUGGGCCCUCAUCCAUCCAUCCUGCUCCCUCUUGUCUCCAGACCUCUGCUCUCCCCAGUGGCCGCCACUAACUGCGGGGGAUUAUUUAAAUUUAAAUUAAUUAGGAUUGAAUAAAAUUAAAACUUCAAUUCCUCCAGCUAGCCACAUUACAAUUGGUAAAUAUACAUGUGGCUAGCAGUUGCCCUACUGAACCACAAGAGAUGUUUGCAGCAUCGCAGAGAGUUCUAUUGGAUGGCUAACCUUGAGCCCUGCUUCCUACUGGCCCCAGAUCUCCCUGGGAUGCUGGUCAACAGUGCUGGCACUUGGGAAUUCCCUGGUGGUCCUGUGGUUAGGAUUUUCACCGCCAAUGGCCAGGGCACGAUUCCCUGGUUAGGGAGCUAGGAUCCCACAAGCCACGAGCCAAAAACAAACAAACAAAGAAAUCCAAAAACAGCGCCGGCUCCUGGGCACACCCCAGAUCUCCCGAACCAGAACUGCCAGGGCUGGUCACAGUCUCCGAGGAUAGCAUAACCCUUCAGGACCUAAGUUUUAGAACUGCUCCUGAUGGGGUAUCAGACUUCACUGCAGCCAGCAUUGCCCGGCAGGUGCAGGCCUUGAGCAGGUGUGUAGUGUGCUCACAAGCCACACAGUAUCUCAUGCACACACACACACGUGCACUCACCCAUAUGCACACCCUCCUCCCAUCCACACUGUGUGUUUGAACAGCUUGGGCCCUGCAAACACAGCCAUCUGAACACACCUACACCCCCAGGCACAGACUCAUGGUCCACGCCUUGUCACCUCCAUGGGGAUGUGUUAUCCUGAAGUGUGUGAGGCCAGGACGGCCCUUCUUAGUGAUGGAUCCUUACUCAGCUACCUCUGGUCAGGGUGGGAGCCUCAGCCAAAUCCUGGGCUCUCUGCCUGUGACCCAGCCCCAGCUCCCAUGGCCUGCCCAGCUCUGUUAACACAAGGUCUGAGAAAUCAAGGGGUGGAGGAUAAUAAAAGGAAUGGUGA